CACAGAUCAGCUGAUUAACCUCGGGAUGAGCGCAGGUGUGCGGCCAGUGUUGCGGCCAGUGUUGCGGGGAAGACGGUCGGAGGAGCAAUAAAUUAGAACCGAACCGUUGCUAGCGGCCACAGUACACCGUGAGUGCUGGGACCGGACGCAGAGGAUACUCGCUGCAGGCUACUUGUUACGUUGUUAAGGUUUGAACGAGUCAGUAACGACCUCCCUAGUCCCUAGUACUGCGGGCUACUAGGAACACGCGUGUGUGUGUGUGCGUGCGUGUGUGGUUUGCACUGUAGUCCAGUGUUGUGUUGAAGUGAGCGAUUAGACCUCGCUACCUCGUCCGUAGAGUCGUGCGGAACUAACAGCCCGCUUCCCCCAUGGCAACAAGGGUCAUCACCGGUGGCUACAACAACAGCAGCAGCAGCAGCAGCAGCGGCGGCAACCAAAUGCGAAGCGCUGGUAGAUAUCGCCCUACCGGAUCAGAUAGUGGGAGCUCGAUGACGGCGACGACGACGACGACGACGACGGCGGCGGCGGCAGCGGCGGUUGCGCACCAUGGAGGAGGGGUACAGCCAAAACCAGGGACGGUACCGCAGGAGCGGCCAGUCAGUAAUGAGCAGCAGCUGAGCGUACAGCAACAGCAACAGUCAAUCCGCGUACCCGUUGUCGCCGCCGACGCCGCAGUCGCAGUCCGUACGCCGCAAGCCACAAGCCGCAGCGUUGUCAUCGCGGACCAGAAGCAACAGCAGCAGCAGCAGCAGCAUCACCACCACCAUCACCACCAUCAGCACCAACAGCAACCGCACCGACAACAACCGACAGCAGUAGUAGCGAUGGGCGACGACAACAGCAGCAGCACACCGAUCAACCGGGACCGCCUGGGUCAGUGGCCAACCGGGCCGGAUGGGGAAACCGCUGGUGCCAUCUCGGGCUUCGAUCGACUCCGGAUUGGCAAGUACAACAAGGGACUGUCUUUUAGCAUCGAGGAACGGCAGGCGCUCGGUAUCCAUGGGCUGUUGCCGGCUGUGGUGCGGUCGGAGCAGGCCCAGGUGGAGCACUGUGCAGAGCUGCUGCGCCACUACGAGGCCCCGUUGGACAAGUAUAUCUACCUGAUGGGGCUGCUGGACCGAAACGAGCGGCUCUUCUAUCGUCUGCUCGCCUCGAACAUCGGCGAGAUGAUGCCGCUGGUGUACACGCCGACGGUCGGGCUGGCCUGCCAGCGGUACAGCCUGGUAUUCGAGCGGCCGCGCGGCCUGUUCGUCACGAUCAACGACCUGGGGCACGUGUACGAGGUGCUGUGCAACUGGCCAGAGUCGGACGUGCGUGCGAUCGUCGUGACGGACGGUGAGCGCAUCCUCGGGCUCGGUGAUCUGGGCGCGAACGGUAUGGGCAUACCGGUCGGCAAGCUGGCACUCUACACGGCACUCGCCGGCAUCAAGCCCCACCAGUGUCUACCGGUCACGCUCGACGUGGGCACCAACACGCAAUCGAUCCUGGACGAUCCACUGUACAUUGGGUUGCGGCAGCGGCGUGUCACCGGGCCCGAUUACGACGCACUGGUCCAGGAGUUCAUGGAAGCGGCAGUGCGCCGCUUCGGCCGCAACUGUCUGAUCCAGUUCGAGGACUUUGCGAACGCGAACGCGUUCCGCUUCCUCGACCGUUAUCGGAACGACUAUUGCACCUUCAACGAUGACAUCCAGGGAACGGCGGCCGUAGCGGUCGCUGGCCUGUUCGCUUCGCUGCGCAUCACCCGCACCAAGCUCUCGGACAACCGGAUACUGUUCCAGGGGGCGGGUGAGGCGGCGCUCGGUAUUGCGCAGCUGUGCGUGAUGGCGCUGCAGCAGGAUGGACUGAGCGAAGCCGAGGCACGGCGUCGAAUCUGGCUCGUCGAUAGCCGUGGUCUGAUCGUGAAGGAUCGUCCGGCUGGUGGGCUGAGUGGUCACAAGCACAACUUUGCGCACGAGCACCCGCCGGUCGAUACGCUGCACGAGGCUGUGCAGCAGCUCCGGCCGACCAUCUUGAUCGGCGCGGCUGCCAUCGCAGGCGCCUUCACGCCCGCCAUCCUGCGCGCGAUGGCCGACUGCAACGAGCGGCCCGUCAUCUUUGCCCUCUCCAACCCAACCAGCAAAGCGGAAUGCACGGCAGAGCAGGCCUACCAGCACACGGACGGUCGGGCCGUGUUCGCUUCCGGUUCGCCCUUCGAUCCCGUCACCUACGGUGGCCGCACGUUCUAUCCCGGUCAGGGGAACAACUCGUACAUCUUCCCGGGUAUCGCGCUCGGCGUACUGUGCGCCGGUGCGGGCACCAUUCCCGAGGAGUUGUUCCUGCGUUCCGCCCAGCGGUUGGCUGAGAUUGUGACGGACGAGGAUCUGGAGCGGGGCAGCCUCUACCCACCGCUCGAUCGCAUCCAGGAGUGCUCGGUGCAGAUCGCCGUGCACAUUAUGGAGUACGCGUACCAGCAGGGUAUCGCCGCAACGCAGCCGGAACCGCGCGACAAGGAAGCGUUCGUGCGUGCACAGAUGUACGAUCCGCACUACAAGUCGGCCCUGCCCACAGUUUACGCCUGGCCAAAGCUCUAAGGUCCCGGCGGUCUCAUGUGCCGUGUCCCGAUGCUCCUCGGGUACAGCUGCACUCCGUGAUUCAUCCGCGCUAUCAAUGGUGUGCGUGUUUGUUAUAUCUCGUACUGUUCUGUGUUGUUAUAUUGUGUUGUGUUAACUAUGUACAAUGCCCUUCUCAUUUGCCAACAUUCCCCCUCCCCCCUCCUUUUCCCAACCCCCAGAGCCUCACUUUUGCUACAAUCAGUCCUGGAUCAACGCUUCUCUCUCAACACCGACUACAUCCCGCAAGACCACCCACUAUCACUUCUGUUAUUGUUGUUUUUUUUCUCCAUUGUUUUCCGGGGUGGCCUCUGCUAGUGUACCGAUGCCGUUAAAGCGCAAAAAAAGCAAAUCGAAACCCCUGGUAAAGGUAAUAAAUAUUUAUUCGCUAAUGUUUGGCAUAUA